UCAACGAGAUCAAUUCUCAAAUACACUAGCAAAAUCGCAAUUGUCACACGUAACAGGCUGAAUCAACCCGACUCGGCAUUCGCAUUGAACUCAAGCGCCGGCUAUAUCGAAAAUGAAUUCAGAAACGCCCGACAAAGCUUCGCUCAAUCUCUUGCCUAAAGAAGACACUGUGCUUUCGAGCGCAGCCUCAGUGACGCAGGACUUUAAGCCGGUGAAGAAUAUAUGCGCCCAUCUUAAUGCGUUCCACGCUUAUGCCAAUGAUCCUGUGCGAUUCGUAGAAACAAACCACUACUGCAGUCAAUUGGAUGAUGAUGUUCGUCAAUGUGUGCUAUACGACUCCUCGGAACCCAAUGCGCGAAUCAUUGGCAUAGAGUACAUGAUCACGCCGAGUCGUUAUGAAGCACUCCCAGCUGAUGAGCGCCGCCUGUGGCACUCCCACGUCUACGAGGUGAAAUCCGGAAUGCUCGUGAUGCCGAACCGCAUGGUACCGCAAGCAGCGUGGGAAAUGGCGGAGAAGAAGGAGAUGGAGAAGAUUAUCACGCUGUACGGGAAGACGUAUCAUUUGUGGCAGACGGACAGAGGCGACGAGCUACCUCUUGGGGAGCCGCAGCUGAUGAUGAGUUAUACUCAUGAUGGGCAUAUGGACUUUGAUAAGGUGGAGGAGCGGGAUAGACGGUUUGGGACGGAUUAUAAGGAGAAGAGGGAGGCGAGGAAGGAUAUUCCUUCUCCGAAGAUUCAUGAAGAUGCCGAUUCUUGCUGGAGGAAGCAUGCAAGCUAAUCGGGAAACCGCUGCGCUUUUGCUUGGGUGUGGAUCAGCAUGUAAGGAAUUAUUAUAUGAAGUGUUGCAAUGUUGGGAUAAUGGAUGAACUUGGGCACCACGAAAUUAUGAAUGGAAACCUCAGUCUGUGGCUAUCGUCAGAAAUUCAGGAUCAUAUCACUUUCCGUUAUGUCAUCGGAUUCCGGUAAUAGCUGACAGAUGACAAAAUUCGACCUUGGCGAACAUUUGUAAUAGUCGGCUGCACCUAAACACGGGCGCUUUAGCAUUAAACUGUCCGACAUAUGAAUGGAAUCUCUGUUUCAUGUCAUCAGGGUAACUAUGAUCAUCAUAGUGGUAUAGCGAUGAGGGAUCGCGUAUAAAUGAACUAUCGUCCCAAGAUUGCC